AUGGAAAUGCAGCUCCACGAAGACUUGGAGGUGACGGGCCUUUGGCGCACACGAGCCGACCCCAAUAUCAGGAUCCGGGCGAAACUCAAGGCACGCUACAAAGCCACGAAUCCGAAGAUUGCGAAACCCUUCCGACUCCCACGGGGAUACUCCAAGUCGCUAUCCGGCGCGCAAGAUACCCUCGAGCGGCGAGUGUACAACAAACGCUUUGCCAUGUAUAAGCGCAGGCAGCCGGCGAGUGAACCUUUGUGGAAGCUCUACAACCCUAGGACUGGAUGGCAUGAACCACACGAAUCCCAGAUGCAGAGACGAGACCGGAAUGGCCGGAUUGGGCGACGUCUUCUUCGUACAAGAAAAAAGUUCCUACCACCAUCGAGCCCAGAAGUGCGGCCCGGAUAUUCAUCUCAACAGCGGCCGAGGCGCCCAGCACUGCGUGAUGAUCAGUCGCUUGUACAGUAA